GUUGCACUUCGAGAUAUGAAAACGGUACUACAAGCAAGCCUAACAGUUACUUGGCGCUUCCCGUAGAUUCUACAUAGAAGUUGCAGUGGGCCUUUCGCCUCUUUUACGAGCGCCGUUUAGCCCCGACUCUCGAUAUGCGAAGAUCGCGUCUACCGUAAAGCAUUGCAAAUCGCACGAUCGAUUCCCCAGGGAAAAAGGCGAAACGUCUCUGGAGAGGUUUCGGUUUGUCCAUUGAUGCAGCUGCAGGCAAGGAUAGCGAGCAAGAAGUGGAAAAACAACGUCCGAGGAGCGGAGCUCCAGGUGUGGAAAUACACAGAGGAGCAGGACACACGAGUCUGAAGACAACAACUUGAUUUUCCGCGAGUCUGCCCCUGUAGCAGAGAAUCCUCCGACCUCCACCACAUGCAGCAGCGGACAUCACGCGUCUGCAUCGAGUAAGGCAUGGCCUAGGGAGCAGCAUGCAGGUUUGCAGAUGAUCCUUAUUGCAGUGCUGCUUCUACGCGAAGAACCCGUGAACCGCUAGAACUGAUACUACCGUG